AUGCUUUAUGAGCUUCAAUCAAAAAAAUUAUCACGUAAAUUAGAAAUUCAUGCUCGACGUGAACGAAAAGUAGUACGAAGUAUUAUAAAAAUUUUACGUCAACGAUCCAAUACUACUGUUCGUCGAACUGAUAAGAGCAAAGUAUUUUAUGCUGGUAAUGUGACCAUUUUUGCUGAGAAAACAUCGAAAUAUAUGAUCGAAACAGAAACUUAUCAAGAGAUCUCGAAUGAGCGUUGUGUUUUAUCCAAAAAUCUCCAUUUAGUUACUACGCUUCUAGUUUCGCUUUUGAAAAAUGGUGCUAUUAAUCAAGAACAAAAUAAGAAAAUAUCUCCGACAAUAGAUUCAUUAGAAUUGACUCAUCUUCAUUUUAUUCCCAAACCACGUAAACUCGAUGUACCAUUAAGACCGAUUGUAGCAGCUAUUCAUAAACCAGCAACAGAAAUCUCCAAAUUUCUUAAUGAUCUGUUAGCAACUGUAUUUCUACGCGUUGCUCGAAAGACUACUUUUAUUAAUGCUAGUGAUCUUGUUCGAGCAUUAGAAAAACAUUUUGUCGGUGGUCAUUUAAAACCAACGAUCUUAUUUAUUACUUUUGAUGUUGAAAAUCUUUAUACAAUGAUACUCCGUCAAGGCGCUUUAGAAGUUUUAUUAUAUUUUCUCGAGCGACAUUUAUGCAGCAAGAAAAUUGGUACAUUAAGCAUUGAUCAUAUUAUGAGAAUGGCUCGUCUGGUAUUGGAUACAAAUAUUUUUGCCUAUAUGAAAUUAAAUACUAUCGGCAAAUGCGUGAAUUUAUUAUUAAAAGAUAUAACAGAAUAUCUCGUCGAAGAGGAUGAUGCUGAACAAGAAUUACCAAUUGAUGCAUUCACAACCAAUCAUAAUGAUUUAAAUACAUUUGAAAUCGAGAAAAAUUUAAUUAAAGUAAAUUCAGCUGUUAUUCAUUCUGUUAAUUAUUAUAAUGAUUUGGAAUAUUCUCAAAAAGAUUCAAUAUUAAAUCAUCAUUUGGUCAUAGAUUUUAAUGUCGUACAUGUAUUUGAACCAUUUUAUGAUCCAAUACAUAGACUACUAUGUAACCGAUCAUUGAGAAGCUAUGAAGAUUCUUGA